UCCAGCGCCCGUCCGGCGCCAUGACCCUCCCUGAGGAGAUCAGGCGGCUCCUGGAAGAUUCAGAGAUUUUCAUAGCUGAAAUUUUGCAGAAUGAAAAGCUCAGUAAGAAAACAAAAGAUAAAAGGGAGGUACUCCUAGAAGGUUUUCGACUGAUAAAGUACAGGUAUCAGCAAGAAUUUCAGUUCAGAGGGGAAUCUGGUGACUCCUACUCGGGAUCGAGAUAUGAAGACAGCUCGGAUGAUAGCCAGAGUCUAGGCCAUGCUCCAUCAGGGCCUUCAGACAGUGCUUCACUGGCGUCUGAUAACCAGGAUGAUGUGCAAUACGAAGACAUUCCUCUCCUCCCAGUCCAGGAGCUGCCAAAUAUAAUGAAGCAAGGAUAUCUGGAGAAGAAACGCAGAGAUCACAGUUUUUUUGUUUCUGAAUGGCAGAAGCGAUUCUGUGUGCUGAGCACCAAUACGUUCUACUACUAUGGAACUGAAAAAGACAAGCAGCAAAGAGGAGCAUUUUACAUCAGUAAUGCUUACCUGAUGCAAAACGCCAGGAAGGAUUCCAAGAAGAAUUGCUGCUUUGAGCUUGUUGGCUCGGACAAGCGGACGUACCAGUUUACUGCCGUUAGCCAUGUGGAAGCCAAGGAAUGGGUCGAUUACAUCUUAUUCGUACUGAAAGACAUGAAUUCCAAUUUUAUACCAUUGGAAGAGGAGGAGGAGGAGGAGGAGGAGGAAGAGGGAAAUGAUGAGGAGACGUACGAUGAUGUAGACUCUGGACUGGCCAAUCAACCAAAUCAUAAGAGUUCGAUGGCUGGAAUGGACCAGGAAGAAGAAGAAGAUAUUUACGAAGUCUUGCCAGAUGAGGACUUCCCUCCGCCGAUGUUCCCGGAGGACGAAGAUGAAGAAGGAAAUCCCAUCUCCAAUUAUGCAAACUACUACCGAGGCCUGUGGGAUUGCGCUAGCGAGGGGUCAGACGAGCUGUCGUUUCAGCGGGGAGACAUGAUCCACAUCCUGAGCAAGGAAUACAAUUCGUACGGUUGGUGGGUUGGAGAGCUGAAAGGUGUCGUUGGUAUUGUCCCAAAGGAUUAUCUCAUGGAAGCUUACGAGUUGUAAAACUCUCUCGCUGUGAAUUGUUCCCAAGCACGAAAUGUACUCUCCCGCACAAUUCAACGCAACUUGCUUUAUUGCCUCUCAGCAGCCAAACGCCUUGCACAGCAUUCACACAGUGAACUCAGGCCCCACGCCAAGAAACGGGAAGCAAGACACUUUCAAGAACUCCAGUAAGCCCUCGUCUUCGUUCAGAGCACGCUGAGAUCCUCCAGCAAAACCACAAUAAAGCUAUUUUAUACUCAGCAUACCACACACCUCCUGGUGUUAUCUCACUGAAACCACAGAAUUCUGAACUGACAGUAGUGGAAGGUAUCAGAGCUGUUCUCUCGAGUGUCCUACACAAUGUCUGUUAUAAUGAGCAAUGAAUGUGCUUCUUUAUAGCAGGGAACGAGCUGAAGGCAACAUGUGUUUGCGUCCAUCAGAGGUCUCCUGAAUCCGGAAACCAUAUUGGUUUCCAAUAAGCCUUAUUAACUAUCAGCAUCCAGAAACUCUGCCAAUAUGUAACCAGUGUUGGAGCCAAUCCAGUGCGUAGGUGGCAUUGUUCGACCAACAUCAAAACUGUCCUCUUCUUGGGUAGUGUGCGUCUUUCAGAGGCCUAUCAACUUAUUGGGAGCAUGCAGUGGUUCCAAGGAGCAGGCAAGGUCGGUUUUGGUAAUUAACUAUCACGCUAGCUAUGUUUUUGUUGUGUUAUUUUGGAAUAUUCUUUGUGAUACACCCUCCCGGGUGAGGGUAUAACAUCAUGUGGCCUCAUGUAAAACAAUUUCAUCCUGGAUCUGAUUAUGAACCUGAAUAAUAAUGUUUUCUCC